AAUAUAAUGAGAAGACCCAAAAAUAUGAAACCAAUCUUAAAGAGAAAGAAGAGCACAUAACGCAGCUAGAAGCCGAGAAUCCAAGCGAAUCUUUUGUAUUUCUCAGUUGCACUGGGAUUCCUUCAAUUCAAUUAAUAACAUUCCCUGACUUUGAACCCUUCGGAGCUGUUUUUGAGGAUAUUCCCUCUGCCGGUCCAGGUUGGAUGGUCAUCCAACGCCGCUUUGAUGGAAGUGUGCCCAUGAAAACAGAAGCUCAUUUUUUCGACGGCUGUGGAGAUUUGGGUGGUGUAUUCUGGAUCGGAAGUGAAAAAUUGCAUAAGCUGACAUUAGGUCAUCGACAUGAGCUGUACAUUCAACUUGUCGACCUCGACAAGGUGGUUGCUUUCGUCAGGUAUGACCACUUCGUUGUCGGAGACCGUAAGGUCUAUAAGCUAUACAAGCUGCUGUCCCUUGGUAAAUACUCUGGAAAUGCUGGCGAUGCUUUGCAGAGGCAUAUAAACAGGGAUUUUCAAGGCGACGGGUAUUGCGGAUGGUGGGAUAUAAACGAUUGUAACUUGAACGGACAUUACUACGACUGUAAAAUGGAGUUGAGUGAAUGGGAUGGAAUUUGGUGGGGUCAUUGGAACAUGGGAAAGAGAUAUUCUCUCAAAUCGUGCAAAAUGCUUAUAAGGCCAAAACCCUAAAAAAACCCUGAAAAGGUGCCGAUGGGGGACAAUGUGCCAAGUUGUAUAAAUAAGUUUAAUGUCCUAAAAUAUAAAAAAAUU